AUGGCCCAAACUCCCCAACAACGGAAAGCCAACGCGGCCUUUGCGAAGAAGCAGGAAGCGAAGAUGGGAAAGCCAGAAUCGAGCUUACCCGUAAAGAAGGAGAAGAAGGAGAAGCCACCGAUUAGUCCCUUCUGGGUUUACACACUCAUCUUCGUCGUUUGCGGUGGCCUGAUAUUCGAACUCCUGAGGAUGAUUGCUGGGUACUUCUAG